AAACAGCAUCAUCAGGCUCACUGUUAGAGAUCAUGUGCUUAUUGCUCGGCGCAACAGGAGUUGGAAAAACGCUUUUACUGAAGCGACUUCAGAAGUUGUGUCAGGUCGACUCUGCAGAUUUGGGUGAAGCGCCCGUCACGCUGCCAACGGUGAGAUGCGCUGCCGGUCCAAAUUAAAUUAACAUGUUCGUAAGAUUUAAAAAAUGAAUCAGAUAAAUAAUGCAAAGGUUGGCACCAACCUCACAGACCUCACAUUUCGGAGGAAGAAGAUAACUGUACGAGAGUUGGGAGGCUGUAUGGGGCCCAUUUGGCCCAAAUACUACUUGGAUUGCACAUCCGUUAUUUUUAUGGUGGAUUGUGCAAACAUCUCCCAGAUUUCCUCCUCGUGCGUUCAGAUGCUGUCUGUACUCUCUGCUGAGCCACUUCAAGCUGCUGCUGUACUUGUACUUUUCAACAAAAGGGAUCUGCCAUGCACCAUGUCUCUUGUGGAGCUGAAAUCAUUGUUCAGAAUGGAUGACAUCAUUAGAACUGCACCUCAGUCUAUCACAACAUUAGAGAUCAGUGCACGUUCUGGCCAGGGUCUUCAGGAUGUGCUCAACUGGCUCUUUUCAAACCGGUCUGACACGUGAUAGAUGUGGAUGUUGAGAACUGCUGGCCAAUGUUAUAUCACAGAACAUGGUAUACACUGACAAAUGUGAUGUGAAGAUCUAAUAGUGAUUUCCACUCAGCCCGCUAUGUAGAGUCCCACUUGUGUUGUGCAAACACACAUUCUUUUGAGCAACAGUUUUGAAAUGUGGAAGAAGGUGAUGUGGUUGAUUUCUAACAAAAUUAUUUAGUCACAUACAGGGAGGGUCCCUAUGACUUAAAAGUGAUACUUCACCAAAAAUUAUAAUUCUGUAAUAAUUUAAUCAAAUGACAUUAAGAAUAUUAUUUUCAAGAUUUGUGAAGCCAUACAAUAUUUAAGUGAAAUUUAAGUCUGCUUGACAGCCCAUGAUAAUAGUACAGUAUGUAAUUAUUGUAUGCAAUUAAGCAGCUCAGAUGUUCUUCAAAAUAUCUUAUACAAGUUAUUAUAAGAUAUUAUGCAUCUUAUUAUAACAUAAUAAAUUAAUAUGUUAUUCAAAUUAUUAACAAUUUGAAGAAUCUCUUAGCAAUAACAAAACAAUCCUGAUAAACCGUUCAACAGCACUGGGAUGCUUCUCUAUUUUGUUUUAUCACUCAGCUUUUCUGUGUUCAUGGCUUAUUCAAAUAAAAUAAUUUUCAAAUGACUGUUCAUUUUGAUAUCUUUCCCUGAUUUGUUCAGUGGCCAUUUCUGGAAA